ACGUUUCAGGAAUUUCACUGACACUUUCGAAAAAGUCCCAUGAAAAUAACAUUUAAUCGAUGCUUUUCAAGCAAGGUAGAGGGGCCAGUGGAACGCAGUGCUUUCCCAAUUACACGUAUUUAUUAUAUCUUCUGGAAAAAAGGGGGAAAAAAUUAAGUUACUGUGUGAUCGAAGGCAACACUGUACGAAUGGACGCCUUUUUAUUCCGGAACCAUAGAUCUCACACAUUGAGAACGUUGGGAUUUUUUUGCACGUUACACAGGAAGUGAAGUAUAAAUGUUGUCCCCCUUCAUUUUAUCAAUAAACCAGAAUAAAUAAAAGCACACGAUUUGUUUUAGUAGGAGGCAAAUAAGAACAGAUUUUUUUUUUUUUAAAAGCAAACCUUUUAAGUAAUAUUAAUAAAAUCAUAUAUUUGGACAGACGGUGAAAAUGUUGAUUAAAGUUAAGACACUCACGGGUAAAGAAAUCGAGAUUGAUAUCGAGCCCACAGACAAGGUGGAAAGGAUUAAAGAAAGAGUUGAGGAAAAAGAAGGAAUUCCACCUCAGCAACAGAGACUUAUCUACAGUGGGAAACAAAUGAACGAUGAGAAGACAGCCGCAGACUACAAGAUUCAGGGGGGCUCUGUGCUGCACUUGGUUCUGGCACUGAGAGGCGGGGCCUGACGGUCAGAGCAACCAACUCUGAGCCCUGGUGUCCGUCUCUGGUGCCCCAGGUUUCUGACGGUCAAGUUCACCCAUGUAGAGACGUGUGUAGAAAAAAUUUUUUUUGUACUUUUGAAAAAAAUAUUUGCUGCAUUCCACAGAUGGUUAUGUUCCUGGGACAGACUAGGAGAGCGCACCCCUGUGCGCGUGCUAGAGAGAUCCGGGGAAGCGGGCAUCUGUCGCACUUUCCUGAGCGCCCCUGAAUGCACCGCCAUUUUGAGGCUGUUUGAUCGAUUGCUUCAUGAAUAAAAUGUGAAGUCGA